AUGUUAAUUAUAGCACAUAACGAAAAUAUUUUUGGUUUUGGUAAUUAUCUUUGGGUUUACUAAUUGCUAAUUAUACUAGACUUGUUUCUUUAAACAAAGUUGCUUAUAAAGUAUAUUGUAAAUCCAUUAUUCAACGGACCAGAAUAUUUUGAAAUAUAUGAUAUUAGCAAUUCAUAUUAUUUAACAGAAAACAAACAUAAAUUUAAAAAUUUAAGAUUCAUCAAGGUCAAAUGUUAAAGAGAUAUCUCUCUAAAGCUUAUUUUAUCUUCUUUCUAUAAUUGUGAAAUUAUAAGAGCUGAAAAUUCUAAUAAGAAUUUUAGGAAAUUCAUAGAUUCAACACCAUAUUAGGAAGUAUUAUUUUAAAAUUUAAUAGAUAUCUAAGAAUUCGAAGAAGUUAUUGAAGAAAAUUCGAUUAAUUUUAAGUAUAAUGCAUUCGUUCUUAUUACUUGCUCAGGCAUUCUAAAUGAAAUAAAUGAAGAUAAUAUUAUUUAUGCAGAUAAGUUUCACGAAUUAUAAGAUAAUUUAAUAUAUUCUCAAGUAUAAUCAACAAUUUAUAGAAAAAUCUUAUACAAUAAAUAUUUGAAGGAUUUUAUACCUCUAAAUCCAGCCAUAGUUCUCUAUGACUUGUACGAUUGA